UUCCAUUGUUCGCGCUCAGAGGAAGGGGCACGCACACAGAGUGGACAUUUCGAUAGAGCAGGUACGAGGGGAUUUCUUCUCUCAUCAUCCAUUAAUUGACGAGGCAACCCCCCUCCUCCUCCUCGUCAUCCCCUCCUCACAAACAACAACAAACAUCGCUCACGGCCCCCCCCACCCCCACGGCCGCCCGCCCGCCGCCGCCGCCGCUUCUCACCACUCGGGACGGCCGCCCUCUUUCUCGGCCCUCCUUUUGUCGUCGCCGACACAUUUUGGGACGAAGGCUGCUUCUUUAGAGACGGCUGGUGGUGUUGGUGUUGGUGGUGAGGAGGAGGGCCGCGUGGGGCGGAGGAGGAGGAGGGAGGAUGUACACCCGCAAGCUCAAGCUGCGCGAGCUCAACGCCCACAUCACCUGCCCGCUCUGUCGGGGUUACCUCAUCGAUGCCACCACGGUCACCGAGUGUCUACACACCUUCUGCAAGAGCUGUCUGGUGAGAUACCUGGAGGACCACAACACCUGUCCCACGUGCAAGAUAGUCAUCCACCAGAGCCAUCCGACGCAAUACAUCGGGCAUGAUCGCACCAUGCAGGACAUUGUCUACAAACUCGUGCCGGGUCUGCAGGAAGCGGAGAUGAAGCGACAGCGGGAAUUCUACUGGACGCGCGGCUUGGAGAUGCCAGGUGACGCUAAAGGCGAGGUGAAUGGGGAGGAGACGCCGGAGAGGAAACCCAAGGCAGAGGAGAACGGAGAAGAGGAUGAUGGAGACUACCACCGCACGGACGAGCAGGUGAGCGUGUGCCUGGAGUGUCACAGCGGCAAGCUGAAAACCCUCAAGCGCAAAUGGAUUCGCUGUUCGUCACAGGCCACAGUUCUGCAUCUCAAGAAGUUUCUCGCCAAGAAACUCAACCUCCCCUCCUUCAACGAGCUCGACAUCCUGUGUAACGAGGAAAUCCUGGGCAAGGACCACACACUUAAAUUCGUCGUCGUGACACGCUGGAGGUUUAAGAAAUCUCCUCUCUUGUUACACUACCGGCCGAAGAUGGAGCUGCUGUGAGGGCAAGGGACAUGCCUCGUCGUCGUCGCAGCAGCAAGCUCGCGUCUGGCCGGUCGUUUGUUUGUAUGUACAAUGUACGGAGUGACUGUGUGAAUAGGUAUGCGUGUGUUUGCGUUUGUAUGAUUGGGCAUGGGGGGGAGUGUGUGUGUGUGUGUGCGCGCGUACUUUCGUUCCGGUUAUAUAUUUCUUUGCACGCGUGCCUGCGCGUGAACGUGAACAACAAUCCAGCAUUGCCCUCCUUCCACGGUGCUCACAGAUACCAAAUGACGCUCGCUGUGUUCGCCUCCCCUCUCUCGUCCGCCUUUCCGACACGUCCACGGCCGCUCUCGUGGCAUCCAUCGCGGCGUCCCGUUUUUAUUUUAUUUUGAUCCUCGCGAUCAUUCGUUUGCGUUUUCAAGUACUGUGACUGGGGGGAGGGUGGGGGUGGAUUCCCUUGGUGCGUACGUUUAUACGCUGCUGCUGCUGUUGCUGUGCCGUUUGUUAUCUUGUGAUAUUCACAAAACGCAAAAAAACGCGCGAGAGUCCGGGGUUUGUUUGAAUGUGGAUGUCAGAACCCCCAACACUACUUACUACUACUACGACUACAGCGGAACCUGGGUGGGUGCGCAGCGGUGACUCGUCACGCGCGGGGUGCUUUCAGCUGCAGAACCGUGUGUCCCCCGACUCAAAAAGAGCACAAAUGUUUUGGGGAAAUGUUUAUUAUCUCUCGUUCUUUUAUUUAGCAAAUGAGGCGGCACGCUGCGAUCGUCGACAGGCGUGGGGGGGGGGUUUGAGAACGCUGUAGGGAUAAUUACUCACAGCGACUGGCAAUUUCUUGUCACACCUAAAACUGUUCGGUCCUAUGAAAAUAAUUUUCUAAAAAAACUUACAGUAACAAAAAAUAGCCCCCCCCCCCUACCUAAUAUUUCAUGUUCACAUUUUUCUA